AUGCCUUCCUACUUUUAUCACCUGAAAUUCGAGCUAUACCCUACGCCAAAUCCCACGGGUCGCCCGGAAGCGCCCGCGCAGCAGAGCAGAGACAUCUAUCUGCCAAACAACGACGCGUCGGUCUUUGACGACUUUCCAUCGCACCCGCGCCGAGAUCGACCGACCUCAAGAGUGAUCCCUCGGCUCAACAGCUACAAGUUUGGUGACGGACCAGCGACUGCGGCUCCUUUGGCCGAGGAGAGCAUACGGCGAACGUCGGCGCACGGCGUCAUCGACUGCGGAGACUCGCGAGCGCCCGACCACGACGACAGACGGACGGUGGAGGUCGUGCCCGAGAGGCAGUGGCUCGAGCGGACGAAGAGCUACCCGCCGCCUCCGUCGACUGCCGCGAUAAAACCUCAGACUGCGGUUCAGGACUGGCGGUUUGGCCGUGUCAGCCUCGAGACCUUUGAUCCUCUGCCGCCAGACGAUAUGGCCGGCGAGACAAGCAGGGCUGGUUCUGUGGCGGCGCCGACGCUCGGCCCUUCAUAUGGCGGCGCUGGCACUGCGACCAAGGCGGAGUUUGUGCCUCUCGAGGGCCGAAACACCGAACUGGGUUGGGGCGUUGUCCAUUUCUAUAGAGAAGGCGACGAGUCCUCGGCGUUGAGCGCGCCAGAACAGAACAUCUACGAGGAAGAUGAAGGGGUGGGCGGGGACUCGUGCACGACUCUAUGCAUCCCGGCGGUGCCGGCGUACAUGACACCGGGCGACUUCAUGGGCUUCGUGGGUGAUCGGUGGAUGGGCGAUAUCAGCCACUGCCGGAUGGUGAUGACGUCGCGUAUGAACCGCUACCUGGUGCUGCUCAAGUUUCGGGAUGGCAAGAGGGCAAAGCAGUGGAGGAAGGAGUUUGAUGGCAAGGUCUUCAACUCGAUGGAGGUGAGUAGUACCAAUGGAUUCUCGUUGUGUUCCAGCUGCUCACGCACCCGACAGCCACAGGUCUGUCACGCGGUGUUUGUCAAGUCGAUCACUUUUGAGACGCCAACGCGCCCACACCGGAGCGACAACGCAGGAGGUUCUUCAUCCUCGACCGUGUCCAGCAGCCUGAAGCCGUUUCCGCCUCCGACGCCGAACCUCAUCGAGCUGCCGACGUGUCCCGUCUGUCUGGAGCGGAUGGACGAGACCAACGGGCUCAUGACCAUUCCGUGCUCUCACGUAUUCCAUUGCAGCUGCUUGCAGAACUGGAAAGGCGCCGGCUGCCCGGUGUGCCGCUUCACGAGCGCAUCCUCACAAGGGUCUGUAAGCGACCCAGACAAUCCAUACUCGCAGCCGUUUGGGUCUUCAGCCUCGAACCUUUGCAGCGUCUGUGACUGCACGGAUGAUCUCUGGAUUUGCCUCAUCUGCGGCUACGUCGGUUGCGGCCGGUAUAAGGGCGGUCACGCCAAGGAUCACUGGAAAGAGACGGCGCAUUGCUUCGCCCUGGAGCUCGAGACGCAGCACGUGUGGGAUUACGCCGGCGACAUGUGGGUGCACAGACUCAUCCGCGAUAAGGGCGACGGCAAAGUCGUCGAGCUGCCGGGGCGAGGCAACCCCGGUGGCCAGCGAGAGGACGAGGACGUGGUGCCGCGGGCCAAGCUCGAGAACAUCGGGCUGGAGUACACCCAUCUCAUUACGAGUCAGUUGGAAUCCCAGCGCGCGUACUACGAGGAUCUGAUCAGCAAGACGGUGGACAAGGCCGCCAAGGCGUCGGCGAUAGCAGAGAGCAACGCGGCGCAGUCGUCCAAGAUGAUGGAGCGGAUCAAGGACCUCGAGGACAAGUACAAGACGCUCAGCGCGGACACGGUGCCGCAGCUCGAGCGCGACCUGGAGCGCGAGCGGAACAAAGCCACCAAGUCGGAGACGCUGGCGCGCAACCUGGGCAAGUCGCUGCAGGAGGAGAAGCGGGUGAACGAGGGGCUGCUGAAGCGCAUCGAGCAUCUCGGCGCGGACAGCGAGGCGGUGCGCAAGACGCUGGAGGAGCUCAAGACGGAGAACGCGGAGCUCAAGGAGAUGAACCGGGACCUCAGCAUGUUCAUAUCCGGACAGGAGAAGCUCAAGGAGCUGGAGCAGGAGGGCCAGCUGGAGGAGGGAGAGGUGGCGGGAGGGAGCGCGAGCGUGCCGGAGAAGAAGGGUCGGAGGAGAAGGAAGUGA